AUGGGAGUACGAACUGGGUCCCCCUUCACCCCCCUCUCUUACACCCCACUCUUCUUCCCCCCCCCUUCUCUCCCCCCCCCCCCCACGGCCGAGUACGAGCUGUGUGUCCGGCGCGUGCUGUCCCUGUCGCUGCCCGGGGAGCCAGAGGGUGCCACCGAGGGGGAGAGGGAGCUGUUCGUGCGGGGCCUCGUCAACACCCACCUGCGGGCCAUGACCAGGGCGUUGGGGGCACUUCUCAGGUUUCUGGACGUACACGGAGCCGAGAUAGCCGCGCCGGGUCACCUGCUGGAGGCAACACCUGUCCUGGGUAUACAUGUGUACGUCAUGGAGGACAUGGCCCAGCUGGACGAGGCCACGGCCGUCGCCCUUCAGGUGUUCUCGGAGGAGCAGCACCCGGCGGCCUCCAAGAGCGGCAAGCCCUCGGCCAGCAAGGAGGGGCUCAGCCUGUACGCCCUGCUGUCCCGCACCGCCUGCCCCAUGGCGCGCCACACCCUCAGGCGAGUGUUACUGCGGCCCCUGGUGGAGGUGGGGGCGCUGGAGGGGCGGUACGCGGCCGUGGGCUGGGGGGUGGACUCUGCCAACAUGGACACCCUCAAGCAGCUGCAAGCGUGCCUCAGACAUGUUUCCAACGUGUCGUACACAGUGGGACGUCUGCAGCGGGGCCAGCUCGGUGUGAGGGACUGGAAGGUUCUCUAUAAGUCCCUCUUCAACGCCAUCCUCAUCGGGGAGAUCUGCCAGGCCCAGGACCAGGACAUCCCCAUCUUCAAGCAGACGGGGGAGGCGCUGACGGAGGGGCUGUACCGUGCGACCUUCCUCAUCCAACGCAUCAUGGACGUGGAUCAGUCGGAGAGGGAGGGGAGAUUCGUCGUCAAGCCCGGGGUGGAUGUCGAGCUGGAUGAAAGAAAGCGUCGAUUCAGCGGGCUCGGGGAGGUGAUGCGUCGCGUGGCAGCCGUCGAGCUCACACGCCUGCCGGAGGAGGUGGAGAGCUGCUGCAUGAUCUACCUCCCCCACGUCGGCUACCUCCUCGCCUUCCCGCCGCCCAAGUCCUUGCUCUCCCCCGGUCCUGAUGCCACCGCCGACACCACCACCGCCGCCGCCGCCUCCGCCACCUCCGGCACACACCCCGCCCAGUCCUCCCCUGACUCCUACGCCCUCCCCGGCUUGCACUUCAUGUUCAAGACGCCCGAUAUGGUGUUCUACAAGAGUGACACGUGCUAUGAGCUGGACCGCGAGCUGGGAGACAUCCAGGUGGAGAUCGCCAACCACGAGACACGCAUCAUGCUGAGGCUCAUGGACGCCCUGCUGCAGCACGCCCACGCCUUCCUCGCCCUCGUCGGCCACGCCCUUAUGUUGGACUGCUUCCUCGCCUUCUCCAUCGUGACCCGGGAGUGUGGAUGGGUGCGGCCAGAGAUAGUGGAGGAGGGGGAGGCGGUGAUAGAGGUGGAGGGAGCAAGGCACCCCCUACAAGAGCUGUGCACCCCCUCCUUCGUGGCCAACCCAAUACAGAGUGGUGGUGGUGGUGGUGGUGGUUGUCGCCCCUCCAUCACCCUCAUCACAGGCCCCAACGCGAGUGGAAAGACUGUCUAUUUGAAGCAGGUUGGGGUACUGGUGGUGCUGGCUCAGGUGGGGUGUUGGGUGCCGGCGACCAGGGCCAGACUCACCCCAGUGGACGCCAUCAUAGCCGUCACCCCUUCCACCCCAUCCAUCACCUCGGGCCUCUCCACCUUCAUGGCUGAGCUCAACAGGAUGAGCAGCGCUGUUCUAAGGGCCACCAGUCGCUCCCUCGUACUGGUGGAUGAGUUCGGGGCAGUCACGUAUGAGAAUGACGGAGCCUCUCUCCUUACGGCCUGUCUUGACCACUGGGGCGAAAUGGCCAGCGGGAGGAGAAGGAGGAGGAGGAGCAGCAGGGAAGAAGAUAAGGAAGACAGGGGAGAUGAGAAUGAGGGGACAAGGAGGAAGCGGAGGAGCAAUACAGAAAGAAGAAGUGGUAGUAGUGGAGAGGAUGUGGAAGAAGAAGAGGAUGGGGGUGCAAGGAUAAGGAAGGGAAGAGUGAUGAGGAGGAUGAGUGAUAGAGAUUCAGGAAGGAGCAGUGGAGAGGAGGAGGAGGAGGAAGGAAGUAAUGCAAGGUGGAUGAGGAGGAGUGAGGAUGGAGUGAAAGAUAAUGGUAGUGAGAGGAGCUGGAGGAGUAGGAGUAGGGAAGAUGAGGAGGACGAUAGUACGAGAAUAAUAGUAGGGAAGGAGUGGAAUAGUACAGAGGAGGACAUAGGAGAAGGAAGGAGUUUAAAUGAAGAUGAGGAAGAGGAGAGGGAAAGGAGGAGACAAAUUAAUGGAGGAAGAGGAGGAGGAGAUAACAGAGAGAACGGAAAAUAUCAUUGUAGAAGAAGUACAAGCGAGGAAGAAGAGAUGGAGGACAAUUACGAAGAGGAAGGAAGAGGAAGAGGAAGAGGAUGCCCACACGUCUUCGUCUCCACUCAUCUCCUUCGUGUUUAUGACCAUCUGAAAUAUCCUGAAACUGUUUGGCCCUUGGUGCUGGAGGUGGUGCGGGAGGGCGGGGGUCUGGUGCCACUCUACCAGGCGAGGACGGGCCGGGCGCACACCAGCCACGCCGCUGCCGUCGCCGCCCUCGCCGGGGUCCCUCAGUGCAUCAUAGAGAGAGCAGGCCAGGUCUGCGAGAGCAUCAGGCGGGGACGGCAGCCUCCCAGGUGGACUCUGAUGGAGGACGAGGGGAAGAUGAGGGUGUGUCAGGACGUGGUCACCCUCUUCCUCACCCACGACCCCGAAAACGACCCCCUCAAUGCACUUCUUAAGAUACGUGAAUUUUGCUCCUCUUCCUCCUCAUCCGCCUCCCCGUCAUAUUCCUUAUCUUCCUCUUCUCAUAUAAGUCGCCCCCGACCUCUUGCCCCUCCUCCCCUGUCUCCUCCUCCGCCUCCUUCGUUUUCAGUUAAUAAGUCUAAGAUUCUUCCUUCUUCCCUUCCUCCUCCUCUUCCUCGCCCUCCACCUCCUUCCCUCCACCACUCCUCCUCCUCCUCCCUCCCAGAUGACCCUUCCCUCCUCCUCCCCCCCAACCAACACCCCAUAUCCACCAACACCACCUCCACCUCUUCCUUCUCAUCCAGUUAUCUUCCUCCUCCUCCUCCUCCUCCACAUUCACUUCACCCAAAGAUAUGUGACUACUCCUCUUCCUUCGCCUCUUCCUCCUCCUCCUCAGCAGUCAACCCUUUACCUCCUCCACCCACGCAAACCUUCCUCUCCUCCCCACCGAGGAAGAAGGGGAGGAAGGUGGGGGAGGGGGAGGGGGAGGAGCAGGAGUCCUCCCCACACAACGCUUCCCUCAUUCCCCAGGACUUCCUCGAGGUUAUCAUUGCCUCCGGGGGGGUCAGGGACGAUGGGGAGGAGAACGAGGGAAGUACACACGCACGCACAUGGGAUACGCACACACGCACACGGGCUGAACAGACGCGUACACAAACCAGUCCUCGCACUCCCAUACGCACACGGGAAACGUACACACCCACACAGACUGAACAGACACAUCCACCUAUACCCACACAAGAUACACACACACGCACACAGGCGGUUUCCACACCUACACAGACUAACACAUCCAUCACCACCACCACCAACAACAACCCUACUCCCUCCCACACUCCCCGCCCCCCUCCCUCCUCCACCACUCCCUCCACCUCCACUCCCUACCACAGUGACUACUCCUCCCAACCCUCCACUCCAUUUGCCACUCCACAAGCCACCUCCUCCUUCCCUCCCCCCCUCCACCCCCCCUCCAGUGCCUCCCCUCCCCCCUCCUCCGCCCUCCCUUACAAAGCUCAUCAAAUGUCCCCUUCCAUUACCUCCCCCUCCCCCUCCACCAAUACCCCCUCUUCCACUCCUGCUCCACCUACUCCUACUCCUCGUCCUACUCCACUUCCUUCUUCCUCUACUCGAAAAAUCUGCCCAUAUUCCUCCUCUUCCUAUUACUCUCCUCCUCCUCCUCCUCCUCCUCCUUCUCGUCCAGCUCAUCAGAUUUCGCCUUCCCCCUCCUCCUCCUCCUCCUCCAAACGACCCAAUGUCUCCUGUUCUAAAAGUCCUCUUUCCUCCUCUCCCUCUUCUUCCUCCUUCAAGAAAACGUCUCCCUUAUCUUCCUCCUUUUUUUCCUCCCCCACUUCCCACAUAAAGCCUCUCCCUUCUCCUCUCAAAACCUCUUUAUUUUCCUCUUCUUCUUCCUCUUCCCUCUCCAAAACCACCACCACAACCACUACUACCACCGCCAUCACUACUUGCUCCACCUCUGCCUCCUCCUCCACCUCGUCAUCCUCCUUUAGCAAACCAAAAUAUACCCAUUCCACCAAACACUCCACAUCCUCCACCACCUCCUCCUCCUCCUUCAUCCUAACCAAAACAAGGAAACUGUUACCCUCCACUCCCUCGUCUUCCAUCCCUCCACCUUCCACCCCUUCCUCCUCCUCCUCCAUCCCGUCCUUCUCCUCCAAGAAUCCUUCCCUCCCGAAGUAUAGGAACUACAUUCUGGAAGGAGCCACAGCGGUCUUUGAAGCGAUCCGGAAUUCACAGAACAAGGAAAACGAAGCUUCGAACGACACCUCGACUCCUGAUGAUGUUAAAUGCCCAUCAGUCAAUAAGAUGAAACCCCUUCUGAAGCCAAAGAAAACGAGGAAUGAAGCUCCGAACACCCGGAGUCUCAAAGUUCUGAAGCCAACCACGAGAGAGCCACUGAUGCCUCUAGAAAAUGAAGCUCCACUGGCUCGAAACGUGACCAGAGCUUCGAAGUGUAGAAACGAAGCAAUGAACCGCCGUGAGAGAAAAGCCUCACCUCUUCAAAAUAGAGUUGAUGGAAAAGGAACAUCAACAGCAAAACGAGAAACAACAACAUUAACCAACACAGUAUACGGAGAAAGAGAGAGAGAAGGAGCAGAGCAAGAAAAGGGAAGAGAGAGAAGAGGAACAAGGGGACAAGGAAUAGUAGGAGAAGCGGAAAGGGCAACAGAAGGAGGUGGAGAGACAGAAGCAAAUGAAACAGCCUCAAAGGAAAUAAGAAACGAGGGGAACGUGAAGAAGAGGAGAAUGCUGUUGAACCCAAAAGGCGAAGCAGGCGAAGAGGAAACAGAGACAAACGGAACUGAAAACACGGACAGACGCUCACGAAAGAAGAGAAUGCUGCUAAACCCGAACGGCAAAACGGAAAACGCGGAAAAAGAAACAGACCCAAACGAAACUGAAAACACAACCAAACACUCACGCAAGAAGAGAAUGCUGAUCACCCCUGAGACAGAGAACGAAAAACAUGGAAAGCACUCUAACAACAAACAGGAGGAGGAGGAGGAGGAGGAGGAGAACUACCACCGUGACAACAAAGGAAAGGAGGAGAAGGAGCCAAACAAAAACGGAGACAAAGACAGUGAGAGGGUCGUGGAUAGAGACUCCCGCGACACGACCCUCCUGAUGGGGCUCUCCUGCUCCUCCGCGCACUCCAGCCCCGAGAGUGUGGUGGUAAGGCGGCAGUACUCCUUCAGACACCAGGAGGCGACGACGACGGGGACCAGGGUGGGGCAGAAGGGUAAGUGAAGAGGAGGAGAUGGGAGAUGAAGGAGGAGAUGAAGAAGAGGAACAGGAAGACCAUAGACACGUAAAUGAGGUGAGGAGAGGAGGAAGAGAUGAAGCGAAAUUAGAGGAGGAGCUUGAGCAUUUAGAUGAAGGUGGAAGAAGUCUAGAAGGAUGAGAAUGACGAAGAGAUGAAGAUGAGGAACAGGAAGACCAUAGACACGAAAAUGAAGGUCAAAGAAGAGGCAGAUGAGGAGGAAGAGAUCAGGAUGAGGAACAGGAAGAGUAUAGACAUUAAAACGGAGGAGGAGGAAGAGGUGAAGGUAGAGAAGGAGAUUAAGAAGAGGAAGAGGAGUAGUGACAUUCAGAUGAAGGUGAAGGAAGAUAUGAAGAAUGGAAAGAGGAAGAGAUGAAGAAGUGGAGGAGGAAGAGAUGAAGAAUAGGUAGAGGAAGAGAAGUGUAGGAGGAAGAGAUGAAGAAUAGGGAGAGGAAGAGCAUUGGAAAGAGGAAGAGAUGAAGAAGUGGAGGAAGAAGAGAAGAAGAAGAUGGAGAGGAAGAGCAUUAGACAUUUAAGUGGAGGCGAAGGAGGAGGAGGAGAAAAGGAGAAUAUUUUUACUUUAUUUUCUAUCACGAGACGAAACGUAAACAGUGGGGAAAACAAUUAUCUUUAUUUCUCAUCCUUAAAGUAUUUUUCUUUUUGUCAGGUAUGAAAGACCUGGUCAUAUGUUAAUGUUCAUUCUUCGUCUUUGGAAUGAGAUCAAAAGGAAAGUACUCACAAAAUUAUAAUUUAUUGAAACAAAAUUACCUUGCGUUACAUUUUUUUCUUUUUAUUUACUAUUCUCCUUUUAUUUUGUCUUCAGAAUUUCAUUGUUUUCUUGCUUCAGUUAUUUUCACUAUGUAUCCGUUUUUCCUAAGGCGUUGAAAAAAAUACGAGGAUAGAAAUUUUUGUUAAGGCUGAAAGGAAAAAUAACGAAAAACGUCACGCAUGGAGAAAAAUUAUAACUGGAUUGUGAAUGAUUUGUGGUGUGUAUUUUUGUAGUAAAGUUGUCUUACUGGUCACACACACACACACACACACACACACACACACACACACACACACACACCU